UUUUUUUUUUCUUUUUACUUUCUAUACUGCAUAAUUCGUAUGACAACUAUUUUAAGAAGACUUUAUCCUGGAAAGCGUCUUGAAGAUACUUUUCAGUGGCCUUUUGAGAAUCUCGACUCUUUAGAAUCUUCUUUCAACGUGCAAGAAUACUUGCAACAACUUGUUCGUAUGGACGCAAAUGAUGUACAAAAUAUUAUUGAACUUCCUGCAAGUGUAGACGAAGAGGUUUGGCAAUACGAACAUUUAAGACAAGUGUGUUUAGAGCUUUCCUUGCUUGUAGUUGCUUUAGAAUCAGAAUGCACAAAACAAAAUUGUCCUGAAAUGAAAGCAGAUGGUUGGCUGUAUUUAUGUGCAGCGCAUCCUUCUACGCAAUCGUGUCCUGCCAUUGAUUACAUAAUUCACACAUUGGAUGGUGCUACCAUCUUGCUUAAUAAUUCAAAGUAUUUUCCAAGCCGAAUUUCUGUUCCUGAGCCAUCGUUAAAGCAUUUUCAAUCCAUUGCAAGACGGCUUUAUCGUAUUUUCGCUCAUGCUUAUUUCCAUCACCGAGAGGUCUAUGAAUCCUUUGAGAAUGAGACUCAUCUAUACGCAAGAUUCUUGAAGUUAUCACAGACUUAUGAAUUAAUACCUAAUAGUCUAGUGAGUAUUCCAAAUGAUACAAAUGAGGAAGAGGAAGAAGAAACACAACAAGAAAAUACAUUUAAUCGAAAUAUUCCACAUAGUAAUUCUUCUGCUAUUCUUUUACCGCAAUAGAUUCUUUUUUUUUU